GCGGAGGCGUGCCGCGAUUGGCUGGGCGCCGCGCGGCGGCCGGGGAGCGCUGGAGCGGGGAGGCUGAGGCGGGCGGGCGGGCGGCCCCGGGAGGUUGUCUGUAAAUGUUCAAAGAAGGAGCUGAGGCCAGGAAAGUGAGAGUUGCCCUGAGAGACUUCUCUACGUAAUUCAGAAUGAUUGAGGAGAGUGGGAAGAGGAGGAGGACAAUGGCGGAGAAGAGACAGCUGUUCAUGGAAAUGAGUUGUGACUUUUGAGAGAAGCUUGAAAGACUACAGCAGAUCUUGCUUUCAUGCACUCCCGUGACAAAACAAGAGGUGCAGGAUCAGCGUGCAUCCAUACCCCUGCCCACGUGCAACUGGAUUGUUUCACACUUCACCUUAGGACUCCAUUGAUUAUAGGACAUAGCCACAAAUGCUGUUGAAAUGGGCACAGAAUUUUGAUGUCAUCAGACUUUCAACGUAUCGAACAGCCUGUAAACUGCGGUUUGUACAAAAAAGAUGUAAUCUUCAUCUUGUUGAUAUCUGGAAUAUGAUUGAAGCCUUCCGAGAUAAUGGCCUUAACACUUUGGAUCAUAACACAGAGAUCAACGUGUCUCGACUAGAAACAAUCAUUUCAUCCAUCUACUACCAGCUAAACAAACGCCUUCCUUCUACUCACCAAAUCAGUGUAGAGCAAUCCAUCAGCCUUCUCCUCAACUUCAUGAUAGCAGCAUAUGACAGCGAGGGCCAUGGGAAGUUGACGGUAUUUUCGGUGAAAUCUAUGUUAGCAACAAUGUGUGGUGGCAAAAUACUGGACAAACUAAGAUAUAUUUUCUCUCAAAUAUCAGAUUCAAAUGGACUAAUGAUAUUUACAAAGUUUGAUCAGUUUUUGAAAGAAGUUCUAAAACUUCCAACAGCUGUGUUUGAAGGGCCUUCUUUUGGAUACACAGAGCAUUCCGUACGGACGUGUUUCCCACAACAAAAAAAGAUCAUGCUAAACAUGUUUUUAGACACAUUGAUGGCUGAUCCACCUCCUCAGUGCCUUGUGUGGCUGCCUCUCAUGCACAGACUUGCCCAUGUUGAAAAUGUCUUCCAUCCUGUGGAAUGUUCAUAUUGCCGGUGCGAGAGCAUGAUGGGUUUCCGGUACCGAUGCCAGCAGUGCCACAACUACCAGCUCUGUCAAAACUGUUUUUGGCGUGGCCAUGCCAAUGGUCCUCACAGCAACCAGCAUCAGAUGAAGGAGCAUUCCUCUUGGAAAUCGCCUGCAAAGAAGCUGAGCCAUGCAAUUAGUAAAUCACUUGGUUGUGUACCAAGCAGAGAACCACCUCGUCCUAUAUUUCCCGAGCAGCCAGAAAAGCCACUUGAUCUUGCACAUAUAGUUCCUCCUCGACCUCUGACUAAUAUGAACGAUACCAUGGUGACCCACAUGUCCUCUGGAGCACCUACACCAACAAAAAGGUUACAGUGCAACCCGGAUGCUGCCAGCCGAUUAGCUGAUGAGCAUGCACUGAUUGCAACCUAUGUGAACCGGCUGCAGAGCGGUGCACGCGCCCUGGACAGCCCCGGCAGGCUGGACGAGGAGCACCGGCUGAUUGCCAGAUACGCCGCCCGGCUGGCUGCAGAGGCUGGGAAUGCACCUCGCCCACCAACAGACCUGGGUUUCAACUUUGAUGCCAAUAAACAACAAAGACAGCUGAUAGCAGAGCUGGAAAACAAAAACAGAGAGAUACUCCAAGAAAUUCAGCGUCUGAGACUGGAGCAUGAACAAGCCUCACAGCCCACACCCGAGAAAGCCCAGCAGAACCCAACUUUACUGGCUGAACUCAGGCUUCUACGGCAGAGAAAGGAUGAACUGGAACAGAGGAUGUCUGCGCUCCAAGAAAGCAGAAGAGAACUGAUGGUGCAGCUUGAAGGGCUGAUGAAACUGCUCAAAGAAGAAGAGCAAAAACAGGCAGCACAAGCAGCAGGCUCGGCACACUCGUCACCCACCCACGGAGCGAGCCGCCCCAUGCCCAUGCCCGUCAGAUCCACCUCCGCCGGCUCUACCCCAACGCACGUCCCCCAGGACUCACUCGCAGGUGUCGGGGGGGACGUGCAGGAAGCUUUCACGCAAGGUACGAGGAGGAACCUCCGCAACGACCUGCUGGUGGCUGCCGACUCCAUUACGAACACAAUGUCAUCGCUGGUGAAGGAACUUCACUCGGCAGAGGAAGAAGAUGAGGAAGAAAUGGAAAAAAUGCAGAAUGGAAAGGAUCGAGGUUAGAUAGAUGACCACAGACUGUACAGUAAUUCAGGCACAGAGGGUAACACGGUGAGCUCCUCUUCGGAAGACGUCUCCACAUCCUUCGGAAGAGGCACGUUUCAGCUGAUGCAUCCACCAUCGUGCAACUGUGAACGAUCUCAACCACCUGCUGACGGCAGCGGCUUUCUCUUAACCAACUGGAGGGCUUUCCCUGCGGGCAUUUGCCUCUUAGGUUAUUGCAUGUACUAUUUUCCUAAAUGUCUUUACUAGCGAUAAUCAGACAGUGCCCCAUCGAAGCCAGCAAUUUAUGGGAGGUUAAAAAAAGGGGGGAAAGAUAGUACUCCCUGCUCCUGCUAAGCGUACUGAUCUUUUUGGAUUUCCUACCAAACGGUGUCAUAAUCACAUCACAUGCUGGUUGUUUCCUCUUGACUUCUGACCCUCGGUAUGCAUGAAAAAACGGGUGUUGCGCCUUUUGAGUUUCCUCGCGUGUAAUACAAAGGGGAUUCUGAGUGCAGACCCUCUAAAAAAACCCGCCUUCUAAAAAUA